GACCAAAGUGCUGAGACGCCAAGUUCAAGUUCAAAAUCAGGCAGCAUGUUUACUUUUGCAUGUGUGGAGGAGUCUGCCAGGUGUUGAGGCUUUGUAAUUACUCCCCCCACACACCUGCCGCACACCUGACCCCCGCCCCGGUGCAGGUGUGUGUCUUCCACUUCUGACAGCCGCCUCAGCUCCCAGGGAAAGGUGCAUGGUUUCUGCUAGGUAGACACUGCUGAACACCAACACCAAGAUGCCCCGUACUUACCAGCGAGUGGCUGGCAGUGGGGGCAGAAAGUAUACAGUGCAAAGGAGAGCAGGUCUCCUGGAAUGUGCUGCUGAAGACAUUAAUAAUGGAAAACUAAGCAUAAGACAAGCAGCAAAGAAAUAUGAAAUCAGUAAAAGUACAAUGCAUGACUAUCUAAGAAAGAAACGCAUCAGGAAACCAGGAGGGCAGACUGUCCUCAGUGAGGAUGAAGAAGAGUUAGUUGUUGAGAGACUUAUAACAUUGUCACAGUGGGGAUUUCCAUUAGAUUCUCUUGAACUUAGAAUGCUAGUCAAAGGAUACUUGGACAGGAGAGGUGUGUGUGUCAAGAGAUUUAAAGACAAUUUGCCAGGCAUAGAAUGGUUCAUCUGUUUCCUAAAACGACAUAAACGUGAGAUUAAUCAGAGACUCCCACAAAACAUGAAAGUGUCCAGAUCAAAGGUCAGCCCACAAGAUAUUGGUUCAUAUUUUGAUAAUCUUGAAGAGUCACUAAGAGGUGUGAAACCAUCAAAUAUAAUAAACUACGGCGAAACUGGCUUAUGUGACGACCCGGGCAAAAAGAAAGUAAUUGUUCGCCGGGGCUGCAAGUACCCAGAAAGAAUGAAGACUUCUACCAAGUCAAACAUCAGUGUGAUGUAUGCAUGUACUGCAACAGGUCAUAUGCUUCCUCCUUAUGUUGUUUACAAGGCUCAGCACUUGUACGACACGUGGACACAAGGUGGACCAAGAGGGACCCACUUCAACAGAACAGAGAGUGGGUGGUUUGAGAGUGGAACAUUUGGAGAUUGGUUCAGUAAAAUCGUGCUUCCGUACGCUAAAAAGCAAGAAGGCCCAAAAGUUCUCAUUGGGGACAACCUUUCUACUCUUGUCAGUUUGGACGUCAUCUCAGAAUGUGAAGCAAACAACAUAAGAUUUGUUCUCUUGCCACCCAACUCCACACGCCUUACACAACCCCUAGACGUGGCGGUGUUCUGGCCACUCAAGAUACACUGGAAGAAAGUUCUGACAGAUUACAAAUGUACCUCCCAGGGCCAAAAAACUUCCUCCCUAGCUAAGCAACAGUUCCCCAGACUACUGACUCAACUAAUGGAAGAACUAGAAGGAAAUGUACAAAAUAACAUUGUCAGUGGCUUCCGGAAGACAGGUAUACAUCCCUUAAACCGAGAGGCUGUCCUUGCUCGUCUGCCAUCUGUUGAAAAUAAUCCAUCCACAGCACAGUCCAGUACUGACAGCACCACUGACGGACCAGAACCAGGACCCUCACUUACCAGUAGUCCCACAGAUGUCAAGAGGGAGCAGCAGUUUCCAGAAGAAGGGGAAGGCGCGUGUGGUCAGCAUCCCGGGGUCACGACCUUCCGUGCACAACUCCCAGCUACUCCUGUCCACCGGCAUGCCCUCCCUGGACCAUCUCCUGGGCGGGGGGCUGCCGGUGGGGUCCCUGCUACUACUGGAACAAGACCGCCAUGACGUGUACAGCAAAUUAUUCCUGAAGUACUACCUUGCCGAGGGCGUCAUGAGUGGCCACCAUCUGACCCUGGCAAGCCUUGACGAGGCCCCAAAGACUAUCAUGGGCUCGCUUCCAGCCUCGACAGACAGGGACAUAGACGAUGAGGCUUCCAACGCUGCCGCAGGGUCGGAUAAAAUGACAAUCGCAUGGAGGUACCAGAGCCAGAGUGCACCACGGACGGGCUUGACCACGAACCGGUUUGGCCAUAGUUUUGACCUGACGGGAACUCUGGACGCUGGGCUGGUGUCUGGUGCGGAUGUCUGUCUGUUUGACGGAGCGAAUGCAGGAGGAAAGGAAGGAGGGUACUACUGGUCACUCCUGAAGCAGAUCGAGCGGAGAAUAUCAGACUGCGGGCUUUCUACCUCGAGCAACAAGGCAAAGACCAAUGUGAUGAGGGUCGCCGUGCACAGCCUCGCCUCACCACUCUGGGGCUGGGAGUUCAGUCACCACGAGCGCGAGAACAAGUGGCACCAGCUCACCACGUUCUUCUACAUGCUGCGGGCUCUCAUGCGAUCAUCCUUCUCUGUCUGUCUCGUCACCGUCCCGACUCACCUCUUCGUCGAUCCAGCCCUUCUCCUACGCCUGCAGACACUCGCGGACUUCGUGGUGCGUCUCGAGUCCUUCCAAGGGUCAGAGAAGGAAACAAACCCAGUAUUCAAGGACUAUCAUGGACUCUUUCAUGUGGUCAAGCUUGCCGCCAUCAACAGCUUGGUCCCGCCUCAGCUUGACGCGACCGACUGGGUGUUUAAGCUGAGAAGGCGACGGAUGGUGAUUGAGAAACUGCAUCUGCCGCCCGAGUUGUCCGAUACUGUUAGCAGGAGUCAGGAGGAGGGGGGGGUGAGGCGGGGGGGGCAGGGAGGUCAGGCUUGUAUGGGGGACAGGUUGCCGAGACAUUUAGAUUUUUAGUUUGGUUGUGUGUGUGUGUAUGUGUGUGUGUGUGUGUGUGUGAGAGAGAGAGAGAGAGAGAGAGAGAGAGAGAGAGAGAGAACAUAGCUUACCUAACUCUAUUAUCUGUUAACCAAUUACGACUUAGUGUGUGUGUGUGUGUGUGUGUGUGUGUUGAUUGUUAGAAAUGGAAAUUAUAUUAUAUCUAGAAAC